GACGCAGGUGGAGGCGCUGCUGCCCGGCGCCCCGCUGCUGCCCGCCGAGGAGCGCGCCCUGGUGCUGAAGCCGCCGCAGGACGGCGGCCGGGAGAAGGGCGAGCCGCCCAUGGGCCCCGACGGCGGACCCGCGGCGCCGCGGCCGCCCAGCGCCAAGCAGCAGAAGGAGGAGAGCAACAACCAGGAGAAAGAGAGCUUGCUGAGGGCGGGCGGCGAGGCGAGGACGGCGGUGAGGCGGGCGGAGCGGGGCGCCGGGAGUUCAUCGAGGCCCCGCCGCCCAAGGUGAAUCCCUGGACGAAGAACGCCCCGGCCGCAGCACCGGCGGUUAACGGCCAGUCGCCUCCAGAUCUGUUUCCAACUGAUGGCCAGUCUGAACAUACAACUCCUGCAAAAGUAGUGAGGGCUGCCAACCCAAGACAGCGGAAAGGAAGCAAGGUUGGUGACUUCGGUGAUGCCACAAAUUGGCCAACACCUGGAGAAAUAGCCCACAAGAGCGUCCAGCAGCCACACAAAGCACCAUCCCUCCGGAAACUGCCUGUCAAGAAAGACAUGAAAGAGCAGGAGAAAGGGGAUGGAAGUGAUGGCAAAGAGAGCCUGAAAACCAAAUCAGAUGAGUCCGGGGAGGAGAAGAAUGGAGAUGAUGACAACCAGAAGUCAGCCCAGAAGAAGAAAGGCAACAAACACAAGUGGGUCCCUUUGCAGAUAGACAUGAAGUCAGAGGUGCCUAGGGACAAAACGGCCUCUCGGAACAACCGGCAAAACGAGCAGCACAGGCACCCCUCCAACAACCGCAGUGAGCUGAAAGGUUGGCACCCGGACAACAAGCACGAGCGCAGCUGGCAGGACCAUGAUGAAACCUCCAGUGUGAAGAGUGAGGGAGGAGCUGUCCGAGGGGCCUUCCGGGGCAGAAGUCGGGGCAGGGGAAGGGGCCGGGGCCGUGGCAGAGGAGGUCACUUUGACUACCAGUAUGGGUACCGGAAGUUUGAGGGUUCAGAUGGCUCCCGCACACAGAAAUAUGCCAGCAACAUCACUUACUACUUUGACAACAUCAGCAGCACUGAGCUCUACAGCGUGGACCAGGAACUGCUCAAAGACUACAUCAAGCGUCAGAUAGAAUAUUACUUCAGUGUGGACAACCUGGAGAGAGACUUCUUCCUGCGUCGCAAGAUGGACUCAGAUGGCUUCCUUCCUAUCACCCUGAUUGCCAGCUUCCACCGGGUGCAGGCACUGACCACUGACAUCAGCCUCAUCAUCAAGGCUUUGAAGGACAGCAAGGUCGUGGAAAUUGUGGAUGAGAAGAUCAGGAGAAAAGAGCAGCCAGAAAAAUGGGCUCUGCCUGGCCCUCCCAUGGCAGACUACACACAGACAGACUUCUCACAGUUCAUUAACUGCCCUGAGUUUGUGCCCCGGCAAAGCUUCCAGAAAGAGACAGAAUCUGCUCCUGGCUCCCCACGUACUGCCAGCCCAGUCCCCACCAAGACAGAGGAGGUGAGUAACCUAAAGACGAUGCCUAAGGGCCUGUCUGCAAGUCUGCCAGACCUGGAUUCAGAGACAUGGAUUGAAGUGAAGAAGAGACCUCGGCCCUCCCCAGCCAGACCCAAGAAACCAGAGGAGUCAAAGACACCACAGCAGCAGAAGCAGAAGGACCAAGAUGAACCGGAAGAGCUAGACUUCCUCUUUGAUGAAGAGAUGGAGCAAAUGGAUGGCCGCAAGAACACCUUCACUGAUUGGUCAGACGAAGACUCGGAUUAUGAGAUUGAUGAUCGGGACGUGAACAAGAUCCUCAUCGUGACACAGACACCUCCUUACCUGCGCCGGCAUCCUGGUGGAGACAGGACUGGCAACCACACAUCCAGGGCUAAAAUGAGCUCAGAGCUGGCCAAGGUGAUCAAUGAUGGGCUGUACUACUAUGAGCAGGACCUGUGGACAGAGCAGUUUGAGCCAGAAUAUUCACAGAUCAAGCAAGAAGUGGAGAAUUUCAAGAAGGUGAAUAUGAUCAGCAGGGAACAGUUUGACACCCUGACCCCAGAGCCCCCUGUGGACCCAAACCAGGAAGUUCCUCCUGGUCCCCCCAGGUUCCAGCAAGUGCCCACAGAUGCUUUGGCUAACAAGUUGUUUGGAGUCCCUGAGCCUUCAACCAUCGCCAGGUCGUUACCUACAACUGUACCAGAAUCUCCCAACUACCGCAAUGCCAGGACCCCCCGGACCCCUCGCACACCUCAGCUGAAAGACCCAACACAGACACCCCGAUUCUACCCAGUGGUGAAAGAGGGCAGGACGAUAGAUGCCAAGACUCCACGGAAGAGGAAGACAAGGCACAGUUCAAACCCUCCGAUGGAGUGCCAUGUGGGCUGGGUGAUGGAUUCACGGGAGCACAGGCCCCGAACUGCCUCCAUCAGCUCCAGCCCCUCGGAGGGGACUCCAGCUGUUGGAAGCUAUGGCUGCACUCCACAGUCCCUGCCCAAAUUUCAGCAUCCUUCACAUGAGCUGCUCAAGGAGAAUGGCUUCACACAACACGUCUACCAUAAGUACCGUCGGCGCUGCCUUAACGAGCGGAAAAGACUGGGCAUUGGUCAGUCCCAGGAGAUGAAUACCCUCUUCCGGUUCUGGUCCUUCUUCCUGCGAGAUCACUUCAACAAGAAAAUGUAUGAGGAGUUCAAGCAACUGGCUGUGGAGGAUGGGAAGGAGGGAUACAGGUACGGUCUGGAGUGCCUUUUCAGAUACUACAGCUAUGGGCUGGAGAAGAAAUUCCGGCCAGACAUAUUUAAGGACUUCCAAGAAGAGACCAUCAAGGAUUAUGAAGCUGGACAGCUCUAUGGGCUGGAAAAGUUCUGGGCCUUCUUAAAAUAUUCCAAAGCCAAAAAUCUGGACAUUAACAGCAAACUGCAAGAAUACCUCAGCAAGUUCAAGCGCCUCGAGGACUUCCGAGUGGAUCCACCCAUGGGAGAGGAAGGUGGACACAAGAGAUACCCUACGACAUCAGGGGGAGACAGCAGGAAGCGCUACCCAUCCCAGUCUUCCAGUAAAACGGUCAGCCAGUGCCCAUCCGGCCAAGCCCACCCCUCAUCCAGCCAGCCUGCACAAGAAGAUGCCAAAAACCUGAGCCAGCAACCCCCUGCCCCAUCAGCAGCAGAAUCGCAGACAAUGGGGAAGUAGAGAGGCUGCAGCAUCUGCUUCCUGACAGGGAGUGGGGUGGGUUGGUGCAGAACUGGCUCAGAGAAGCGGAGACGUGAGGGCGUGCGACAGGAAGGGAGUUGGAAGAUGGCUGCUCAGGAGUAACUUCGACGCACACAAUUUUUUUCUCUUGUGGCUGAAAAGCAAAGAUGAUCUGCAUCAAAAACACCGUUUUGCUAUUACAACCCUGAUCAGAGCCAGACCUGCUCCCAGCAGACCCACCCUUUGCCUUCCUUCCCCUCCUGUACACACCCUCAUGUCUUAGUGUCUCUUUAAAAAGAAAAAAAAGUUCUGGCUGGGUUGGAAAGGGGAGAUUUUUUUUUUAUUAUUAUUAUAUAUAUAUAUCAAGUUUUAAAUUAUUGCUAGAAGUUUGUCUGGAUUUACCAAAAUAAGUCUGCUCUGUGCUUCCCCAGUGACUCCCCUCUGUGUCCCCCCUCGGAUCGCAGGGCAGCCUGCUUAGGAAGCUCAGAGGAGUGAGGUUCCCUGAUGGGGGACCGAAGCCACAGCGUGUCAUGAUGCUGUGGAGCCUUUGAUCUCCAUGACCUGGCUGACAUUUCCCAUUCCACUUCUGGUGGUGCCUCUCCGACACUAACCACCACAACAGGAGCAUCACCUUGUUUGUCCUCCUGCUCCCUCUUGCCCAGCGUCUUCAUCUCCAACCUUCCCAAAGGUCUGGCUCUCCCUCUACCUGCCUCUCCUUUCUUCCAUCACGGACAAUUUGGAUGUCAACCAAAGGACCUUUGCCAAGGAUAGGUUUGUUCUGACUCCUUCCUGCGAGGACAGCUGGUGGGAAGCCAGCAGGCACCUGGAUUGAGCCCUUGUGGACAGUGCACCUGCUGCCACAGGAACAUCCAUCACAUGCAAAGACAGGACUUUGCUGAAGGUGAUUUCUCUUCCUUUUCACUUGGAAAAAGGAAACAACAACAACAAAAAAAAACAAAACACAAACCCCUCUAAACCAAGAACAGAAAAAAACUCUUUAAAAAGACAUAUCUCCCUUUGCUUUCUUCCUUGGAAGUAUUAUUGAAGAAAAAAAAAAAGACAAAAAUAAAAAACCAACAACCAUAAAAACAAAAAAAAAAACUUAAAAAAAAAACACCAAAAAAACCACAAAACCACAAACAAACAAAAAAAAGAAAAAAAGAAAAAAAAAAGUUGCCUUAUGGUGGAGCUGGACCAGGGAGGCUUGCUGGCUUCUUGCACCCUGGGGCAGGCUGGACUCUUGGCCCCCGCCCCUGGCCCAGAGACUCCUCACGGCAUUGCUGCCGAGCUGUUCUUCCCUGCAUCCUUUCCUGACCUUGCAGCUCGCUCGGAUGCCUCCCCCCAUCCCUGAGACCUCCUUGCCAGCCCUGAUUCUCGUGGGGGAAGGUGACAAGGGCAGUCGAAUCCAAGACUUAACGCUCACGAAGUCGCUACGUUCUGUAUAUACUGUUGUAGCAUCCUGCCUGUGACACAACUGUACGUGCUUAUGGCCUUGCUGGGAUGCCCGUGCCCUCUCCAGGCAGGCUGGAGGUCGGGCUGCUCUGCUCUUGUGACCUCCAGCGUGGUCAGGAAUUGAGGGGGGGGAUUUUUCACAGCAUCCAGAGGGACUGGCCCUUGCUGCGAGCAACAGGAAGGGCUGACAUGCCUCUGGUGCCACUUCAUGCUGUAGCCUGGUGAGGCAGUGACACAGCCCCAGGGAACUCUUAUCUCUUGCAACCAUCAGGGACCUAGGGCAGCUGGUGGGACUAGUGCUGAGUGCAAGCAAAGAGACCUGCCCAGCAAACAAGGGUUCUUAUGUGGGUUUCCUUGUGCAAUGUGUCUUGGGCAGCUGUGUGAAUUUCCUGCUCAAGCAGCAUCCUAGUGCAUCUCCAAGGGCAGAGCUAACACCAUGCUGCUCCUUGCUCAACUGAGACCAAGGGGAUGGCUGCAGAGCUGGUGUGGCAUUUGCUUAGCUCCUCUGCCCAGCACCAGGUGGGUUUUGGCAGGCACACCCCUCCUUGAGGGUCUUGAGCUGCAUUCCCUCACAGGAUGCAUCUCGGAGGGGUGAGAUCUGCUCCUGAGGCCCAGAAGUAGCCCUGGAAAGCCAUGCUCCUGCUAUAAGGGCAGAAGCUCCUUCUCAGCUAGAGCUUCUUUCCUUGCUGCUUUUGUGGUCUGUCUCCUGGAUUGGGAUACCUGUUUUGCAGCUGGCUUGCUUGUGGCUCUGACACCCCUGUCCUUCUGAGCUGGAAAGCAUGUUCCUGUGCACAGGGCAGGCACUGCAGUGGCCACUUAGAGAUACGGCCGAUUGCCUUGCAACAUGUCAAGUUGGUAAUGAACAGUGUUUUACCAAAGUAUCCAGUUGAUCCAGUGCUGUGUCUCAUAGCUGACAGGAGGAGUCCUCUCCAGGGCUGUCCCUGUACAGCUGUGGUGCUGGUGCAUGUUAACAGCCAGGAGCUGAGUGAAGAGGGUGAACUUCAGCAAGUUUUCAAUCAAGAGUGGCUGUGGCUGCUUGCAGGGCCCUUGCUGAAAUUCUCACCUUCCCAAACUGACAUUGCAUUGAAGAUGCUGCUUUAGUAGAUGGGGAGGAGGUGUGUGUAUAGGUGGGAGGGCAUUUGGGCUGUUUCCACAUGGAGCAGCUUUGUGAACUGCUGCUAGACUUGAAAGUACAGCUGGGUAUAAGCGAGGCUGGGGUGCUGCUACUUGGCAGUUUGCUGGUGGUGAGUUCCUGCCCUGGUCUGUCCACCCUGCAGCUUGGUGCCACUUGCAGGCCCAUUUCAGCAUGGCAGCCUCUGAGCCCAUGGCUUGCUCUGUAACAGCAGCAGCAGUGCUUUGGGGUCGUGGGGUGGUAGCUGGCAACACAUGCAGGCAAUGCUUGAACAGUGCUGUGGCCAUGACUGUUAUCUCUGGAUUUUCCCUCUCUUGUGAGCUGGAGUCAGAACUCUGAGGUUACGGAUGCAGUUGUGUUUGUCCCUGAUUUGGGAAGGAGGCACCUUGGAGGCUGGAGAUUCGGUGUGUGUUGUUCAAGGACAUUAGAGAUGUGUUGCUGGUUUUUUGCAAGCAGAAGCAGGUCUGGAUGUGCUCUGAGUGGUCUUUGCUGCUGUGUCCCCAUGCUCCUCUUUGUCGGUGUGUGUUCUCUUUUCAAUCCAAUUGUCUGUGUUUCAGCAACAAAUGAAGUAGGAAAUGAGGAACAAGCUCCUCUGUGGCACAGCACCUGCUGUGGAGUUGUUGCUUGUGGAGCAGACUGUAGAAUUGUUUGGGUUGUAGAAGAGGUAAGAAAUUUCCCAAAAUUUGAAUUGAUUUUAAGUUAUUUUUUUUAAUUUCAAAGGCUAAGACUUUAAUGUUGGCAUGGAAGAGCUUUUCCCCCGCUGUACUGAGUCAGUGGUUUGUCACAUCAGUGUGGCUGAGGGGCUUGCCUGAAACCCCCUCUGUUUUCCAGGGUAAGGUGGAUCAGAAGAGCAAUCCUACCAGUCCCACCACCCUCUGGAUUUGCAGCCUGUGUGCCUUGUUCUACUGUUUGUGUCAGACAGCAGCAUAGUUAGAGAGUAAAGGAAAGACAUGGCAACCUGAGGCAGCUGUUGCUCCAACCUAUCUUCCUCCAGACCAGGGGAACAGUGGCAGUACCUGCACUUCUGCUCUCCACAGGGAUGAUGCCCACUUGUAGCAAUGUGGGUGGUGGCAGAGAACCAGGAGCUCCAUGGUGCUCUGGUUAUCUGGUCUGUGCUGGGCUGAGGAGUGGCUGACCAUUGCCAGGCUUUCCCCAGUCUUAAAGGUUGUACAGGGGACAGGUCAGCAGAGGCAGUUCCCUUCUUGCUGUGUAGCUGCCUAAAGAAGGCAUCACACACGGCUUGCUUCACUUCCAGACAAAGGGAUAGCUGUCCAGAGUGGGGGUUGGCUUUUGAGGAGGCUCUUGUCUUCCAGCUGAGGAGGGAGUUGCCCUUGCUUUUAGAUUGGGUGCUUCACCGCAGUCAUGUUUUAGGCUUUUUUUAAUUAGUGGUCUGAGUGGUCAGGUAUUUGUAUUGAGAACAAUGAUCACAGCUCACAAGGGCUGCCCAGUGCUGGUGCCCAGCCACCAGCAUACCUGCAGGAAGCUCCAGCUGCUUUUGGAGAAGCUGGUGGUGGCCAUCAAGCCUCAAGGCAGACCUAGAGAAAAGAUCCAUCCCCAUCUUGCCCAUCUCCUUGGAAGGUUCCAGGCCACUGCAGCCCAGGGCUCCUUCCCGAGGCUUUGAGACACAGGUGAUGGCAACAGAUGUGGAGCUCUGGCAUGAGGUCAGGAGCAGAGCUGCAAGGUGUGAUUUUGAAGAGGCUUGGUUGCUUUGCCAUGGUCAUUUUGGGAUGGGGAGGGGGGGAAUAAUUAAAUUUUGAAAAAGUAAUGACACUGCUGCUCUGUUCGCCUGUCUGUCCCUCUUCCUGCUGCCCUCCUCACACCCCCAUGGUGGCUUGUCAUGGUAGCCCUUGGGGUCCCUUGAGUUUUGGCAACUGCUCAUUUGGCUUGGGACUGGUCAACUGUACUGUAACAAAACAAUGUGUUAACCUCAGUAUCCUGCCACGUGUCUCUACACGUUCUGCAUGGCAGUACAGAGGGGGCCUUCUAGCUGUUAAUGCCUUUCCAGUUACCUUCUCAAAAGGAAAAAAAAAAAAAAAAAAGGAAACUAUAAAUGUAGCAAGCUGUGUUUGCAAUGCUUAAUUUCUCCCAUCUCUUCGGGGAAUGGUCUUGUCACUUUGUCACUGUUUUGAAAUGGAUGCUAGGCUCUUUUUAAGAGGGGGGUUGCUACACUUGAUGUUAAAUUGCCUCACUGACUCUUUUUUAAAAGUUUCCAAUACAGCUAAUGGAUUAAUUACUUUUUUUUUUUUUUUGUCCUCAAAAAAACAAAUGUUCAUCUCGGUGGCGUGGAGCGGGUGAUUGGAGGGUAGCGUUCUAAUGAGUAGUUUACAGUUUCACUUUCUGCAGACACUUGAACAUAGGACCGAUGUAUCUGUGACAAGCACAUCCCUUUAGUGGGAAGCUCCAGAGGAGCAGGGAGUGCCCUGGGCACCAGCCAGCCCCCCGUGCCAUGUGGAGUGUGCUCAGCUCAGCCCCAGGGUCCCCACGCAGUCCCCCUGCAGCUCCAUCUCCAGGCGUCAGCCCGCUGCAAAGGCUGGCUCGAGCCAGUGGUGCCCCUCACAGGACAGGGUGCUUGGUCCCCUGAGCCUCCCCGGUGCAGCACCACUCCCCCAUCUCCUCUCCCAGUCUGUCCCCGUCCCGUUGGGUUGGAAACUUCUGGAUCUGUGGCACAGAAACCCCUCCUGAGCUGUACCCUGGCGAGGGCACGCUCGCCUUGCUCACCUGGAGCAAAAAGGGGUGAUGGUUUGAAGUGCUGGCCCUUCUCAAACCCUGUGCAUCCCAACCUCAGCCUUCUGUUCCCCAAAACUAGAAAGUGUGUGCAACCUUCUUCAGCUGCAUUUAUCGUAGAGAAACUUAAAAUGACUCAUCACAGACCAUGUAUCACUUGGGAGGAAAAUCUUGUUAAUAUGGCCCACUGUACAUGAUCCAUCUUCCGUCGAUAGUACAUAAUCUUUGACCCAUGUGCUAGGAUCAUCAUCACGUAUAAAAGGAAAAGAGAAAAAUGUAAAAUACUUGAAUGAGAGCUUGUAUUAUAACAUUAAUAUUAUUCAGAGUAUCUGCUUUCUAGGCUGAUGUGAUUCAUUAUUCUAGUAAUGCUUUAGUCCUUUGUAAUUUGUGGUAAUUAUGCUUUUUCCUUUUUAAUACAAAAAAAAUGUAUAAAAAUAAAAACUUCAAAAGACAA